AUGGUUGUUUUAUCAGGUUCUAUAUGUACACGUGGUGGUAAACCUCUUUUGUCAAGACAAUUUAGAGAUAUCUCAAGGGAUAGAAUUACUGCUUUGCUAGCCAAUUUUCCAAGUUUGAUUUCCAAUUCUUCAGGUCAACAUACUAGUGUUGAAGAUGACAAUGUUAGAUAUGUUUAUCAACCAUUAGAAGAAUUUUAUAUUGUUUUGAUCACUAAUAAAACAUCUAAUAUUUUGCAAGAUAUUGAUACAUUACAUCUUUUUGCUUCAACUAUAAGUAACUUGUUGAGAAAUAUUGAUGAAAGAGAAAUUUUUGAAUCAUCAUUUGAAAUCAUUGAUGCCUUUGAUGAAAUUAUCAAUUUGGGAUAUAAAGAAAACUUGACAUUAACUCAAGUUCAAACAUUCUUGGAAAUGGAUUCUCAUGAAGAAAAAAUUCAAGAAAUUAUUGAAAGAAAUAAAGAAUUGGAAGCUGCUGAAGAAAGAAAGAGAAGAGCUAAGGAGAUUCAAAGAAAAGAAUUGGCAAGAAAAAAUAUGGAGCAAUUACCAAUUGGUGGUGGAAGUAGUUCCGGUAUGGGUUCUUCAUCAUUUGGCUAUGAUAGUUAUCAAAGUAAUCAACCAACAUAUCAACCAACUCCAGUUGUUGAAACCACUACUACUAAUAAUAAUAACGAAGGUGGUUAUUCUGGUCAUUCAUUGUUAUCUAAACCAAGAGGUGGUGGUUUACAAUUGGGAUCUAAGAAACCAACUGGUAGAAGUUUACCAACUGGAGGUGCCAGUGAACCAUUGCUUACUGGUAACACCAAUCAGCCAUUAUUUGCCCAUAAAUCAACCUCUGGUCCUUCACCUGCUGCAGCUGCAGCUACUGUCAGUAACACAGAAGCUUCACCAGCUCCAAGUAUUAGUAGAGUUCCAAAUAAUGGUAUCUUAAUUACUGUUAAUGAAAAAGUCAAUGCUGAAAUUAGUCGAGAAGGUUCAAUAUCAUCAUCAGAAAUUAAAGGUGAUUUACAAUUGAGAAUAAAUCAAGCUGAAUUGGCCAAUGCCAAGAUAUUGUUGAAGAUUGCUGGUGAUAAGAAACAAUUUAAAACCCAUCCAAACGUUGAUCGUAAUUUGUUCCAACAAGAAAAUGUUAUUACUGUUAAAGAUAAGUCCAAGACUUUCCCAUCUAAUGAUCACCCAUUGGGAGUUUUAAGAUGGAGAAGUGUAGGUAAACAAGAUGAUAACUCAUUAGUUCCAUUUAUUUUUACAAUCUGGGUUAAUGCUCUUGAUGAUGGUCAAGUUCAAGUUACUUUAGAAUAUGAAUUGACUAGUGAAUUUAUUGAUAAUCAUCCAAAUCAUCCAAAUAUUGAGAAUUUAAAGAUCUUGGUUCCAGUUGUUACACAAGAUGUUCAUUUACAAGAAGGUGGUAAUGAUACAGUUUCAUAUGAUGUUUAUGAAGAUCAAGGUAUUGUUUUCAAUAUUGGAAGUAUUUCAAUCGAUGAUCCACAAGGUUCAUUUGAAUUUACUGUACCAGUUUCUGAUGAAGAAUCAUUAUUCCCAAUGCAAGCACAAUUUGAAAUUACUAAUCAAGAAGUUGUUGAAAGUGAUGUUUCUUUAGGAGGAGUUUCUAUAAUUGAUGUUGUUUCCAAUACUGAAGAUGAAGAAUCCUUACCAUUUGAUUUACAUUCAAAUAUCACUUCAGAAGGUUAUUUCAUUCAAUAA